UCAGACUGCGACCUACCCGGAAGUGCUGCUGCUAGGAGACGCCAUGCAUCAAGCCUCUAUCCCCAAACCCGGGAGCCUGAUCAUUGCCGACUGGCAGCAGAGCGCGGAGGGGAAAGAUUAUCUAAACUGCAUCCUACGGAAGAGGAAGCGACGGCUGUUCGGUCUCAUAGAGCAGCCCGUGUUGCCUCCGCAGCUCCCCUCCGACAUCGCCAGCUACAAAAUUUUCGUCUGCGGGAAAAGCGGAGUCGGGAAGACGGCCCUGAUCGCCAAACUGUGCGGAUUGGAGGUUCCCAGCAUGCACCACGAGACAACGGGAAUCCAGACCUCCCGCGUGUUCUGGCCGGUCCGCCCCCGCCACAGCCAGCGCCCCUUCAUCUUCUGCUUCCAGUUCUGGGAUUGUGGCGAGUCGGCGCUGAAGAAGUUCGAUCACAUAUUGCUGGCCUGUAAGGAGAAGGCUGACGCCGCGCUCUUCCUCUUCUCCUUCACUGACCGCUCGUCGUUUGAGGACGUCCCGCCGCUGAUUUCCCGCACGCUGAGCCCGGAGGAGGACGCGGCGCGCGUUGUGAUCGGCACCAAAUUCGACCAGUUCAUGUACGCCAUUUUUAUUUUUUCCGCCAACCGAGGGAGACCCCCCCCAGAAGUCUCCGCCUCCUCGUGUCCCCUCAUGAUAUAG